AUGCACUCAGAGUCUCAUAAACUUGCUUCUAAACACCUUAAACGGAAUAUUUUAAUGGACGAUUUCAUCAUGACAGUAAAUACAGAAAGUGAGGCUAUAAAGAUUUACCAUGAAAUUCAGGAUUUGAUGUCACGUAUAAAACUACCUUUAGCAAAAUCUGGAAUCAAAGAAAUCUGGAAUCAAAACGAAACUGAUUUUAAACGAGAAUCUAUGGUAUUAGGAGUUAAUUGGAAUACUGAAAGUGAUACAUUUAAUCAAAGCAUAGAUGAAAUUUUGCUAAAUUUAAACGGCAACCCCGCUACAAAACGUUCUCUUUUACAAUCAAUAACAAAAUUUUAUGAUCCUCUAGGCCUCUUUGCACCAGUUUUAGUUUUGGGAAAGAUAAUGUUUCAAGAUACAUGGUUUUGUGGUAUACAAUGGGAUGAGAUAUUACCACCGGACAUUGCAUCGAAAUACAACAGAUGGAGUACAGAACUGUCAUUAUUAAAGGAUGUAAAAAUUCCCAGGUGGAUAGGAGUUUCGAAUUUAUCAAACAUCGAAUUCCACAUAUUCUAUGAUGCUUCAGAGCGAGCAAAUGGUGCUUCAAUUUACAUGCGCUCAACAACAGGCAAUAAUAUUACAGUUAGAUUAGUGUGCAGCCGCCUCCUGUCUCCUGUUAAAAAAAUUACUCUUCCACGCCUUGAACUGUUAUCAGCUUUAACAGGAGCAUGA